GAUACCUUCAAAUAUGAUUCCAUUUACUGGAGCAACAAAACUCCUUACCAACUCGAAAACGGGCUUGAAGGUUUGACAAGUAAACAAGCAAAGCUAGCUUCUUACUGGAACACGCCGUUUAAAAAAAUAUGUCUUGGAAUGAACGUCGACGUAGAUACAGUAAGUGAUACCAAAUGGAUUGCGAUUGACCACGAAGCAAGCUCGCUGUUUGAUGUAAUUGCAAACGACGUCAUAUUCACAGCAACAAACAUUACAAAGCCAAAAUGGAAAUCACUUGUCAAUGGUUCAUCGCUGCAAAAAUAUUGUAAUAAACAAGGGUUUAAUAUUCGUGAGGACCAAUCUACUAGGAAGUCGUAUGUACGGAUUGGAUUAGUCGCUAACGAUGCUAACGACUGCAAGACAUGCAACUCGUGUAUUGGCUUUGGUACUUCAAUAACUGGAUGUGAUGGUAAG